UAUCGGCCAAUCAAACUCCUUCCCCGCCCCUCUUCCGCUCUCCGCCCCAGCCAAUGAUUAUCGGCCGUGGCUGGUGCAGCAGCCCACCGCUCCCGCCGCACAUGGCGUCCCACUCCCAGCCCGCGUCUUCCUCCUCCUUCUCCUACUUCGUCCCGCGCGACGGCUCCGGGUCACAUCCGUCCAGCAACCGGGAAUCAACGUCAACUUCAAAGUCAACUUCAACCUCGGAGAACGGUCGCCGCCACCACCACCACAACAACACCCGCCAACGCCAACACCACCUCCCCCCGUUCAAACCACGCCAUCUCGAGAGGUACUAUGCGCGGCAAAACGUGACGAGCCGCAGACCACUAGCUAUGGGGCAAGUCAAGGAGCUCGACCCACUAUGGCAGGAUCUCGAUUGGGCCAUUGGCCAGAUGCUCAUCAUGGGCUGGGAUGGCACCGAGGUGACGCCCCAGAUCCGUUCUCUGAUUGAGGAUCAUCAUCUCGGGACUAUCAUCUUGACUGCCAAGAACCUCAAAUCCGCUCAAGAAACGGCAAAGUUGGUCAAGGAACUCCAGACUAUCGCGCACAAGGCCGGCCACCCUAAGCCACUGCUCAUUGCUCUUGACCAAGAGAAUGGCGGUGUCAACAGUCUCUUCGACGAGGACUACGUGUGCCAGUUUCCCAGUGCCAUGGGCAUCGCCGCCACGGGCCGGGUCGAAUUAGCCUACGAAGUGUCAAAAGCUACUGCUACCGAGGUCGGCGCUUGUGGUAUCAACUUCAUGCUCGGCCCGGUAUUGGAUGUCCUCUCGAAUGCCAGGUAUCAACCCAUCGGAGUACGUGCCACUGGCGAUGACCCUCAGGAGGUCUCUCAGUACGGCAUCGCCGCCAUCAACGGCAUUCGCGAUGCUGGUCUCGCAAGUUGCGGGAAGCAUUUCCCCUCCUAUGGAAACCUUGACUUCUUGGGCUCCAGCUUGGACGUUCCCAUCAUCACACAAACUCUGGAAGAGCUCAGUCUGAGUGCCCUGGUGCCUUUUCGAAACGCAAUCGCAACGGGCAAGCUCGACGCCAUGUUCGUGGGAGGCUGUGGCAUCUCCAAUCCCUCCAUGAACGUCUCCCAUGCAUGCCUAUCCAACCAGGUUGUGGACGAUCUUCUCCGAGAGGAACUUGGUUUUGACGGUGUCGCCAUUUCAGAAUGCCUCGAAAUGGAGUCUCUGACCCACGAGCUCGGUGUACAGAAUGGAGUCGUCAUGGCCGUGGAAGCUGGAUGUGACUUGGUACUCCUCUGCCGAGCCUACGACGUCCAGCUUGAAGCUAUCAAGGGGCUCAAGCUGGGUGUCGAGAACGGCAUCUUUACCAAGGAGCGAAUCUACACGUCCCUGAAUCGCGUGCUACGACUCAAAGACACUUGCACAUCUUGGCAGACAGCACUCAAUCCACCAGGCAUAUCGCUCUUGUCCAAGUUGCAUCCUUCACAUAUGGCUUUAGCGAGGAAAUCGUACGACGACUCCAUCACAGUCAUUCGAGACAAGGAAAAGUUACUACCCCUAUCCGAAUCGAUGCACCAAGAAGAAGAGCUGCUCCUUCUCACACCGUUAGUGAAACCACUGCCGGCGUCAAGCUUGACCAAGAGUAUCCUUCAAGCGAAGGAUGCCCAGAGGCUUGCUCCCACACCACACGACACUUGGCUACACCGCGAAAAGGGUGCCAUCAUGAGCGGGGAGGGUGUCUUUAGGGAAUUUGGACGCUCUCUAGCUCGGUCCCGUCACGGAAAGCUCCUCCAUACCAGCUACACUGCGAAUGGAGUCAGGCCAGUCCAUGAAAACCUCAUUCACAGAGCAUCCUGCAUCAUCAUCAUCACUGCGGAUGCCAACAGAAACCUGUACCAAGCCGGCUUCACCAAACACGUCGAGAUGAUGUGUUCCAUGCUACGAACCCGCGGUCAGAAGAAAUCCGUCAUCGUCGUGGCCGUAAGCUCUCCGUACGACUUCGCCAUGGACAAGUCAAUCGGUACAUACAUCUGCACCUUUGACUUUACGGAAACUGCGAUGCACGCGUUAGUACGCGCUCUUUGCGGGCACAUUGUACCAAAGGGAACGCUUCCGGGAACACUACGAAAGAGCAAAAAGGUGCUCAAAUCUCGCCAGCACUGGAUCGUGGAGGAGUACGACCGGCGCCGCGACGCCCACGGCCUCGAGGAGCUCGCAAAGGCCGUCGCCCGCGCCAACACCGUCGACCUGGGCCAUCUGGAGUCGAUGCCGGCCGCGUGCUUCGAGCUCUCCAAGCCAAACGUCGAGGAGGCGCACUUUGUCGUACGCAACAGCAGCACGCACGCCCUGUACGGCUUCGCUGCGACGUAUUUCGUAGAUGGCAUCGGCAUCCUCGGCGCCAUCUUCGUGGACCCCACCAAGCGUAACGUCUCCGUCGGCCGGUCCCUCCACAGGCGCGCACUGCGGCACCUCCUGACCAACAAUACGAACAACAACAAGCAGCGGGUCGUGAAGAAGAUCCAGCUGGGCACUUCAUUCCCGGGCGUCUUCCUCGGCAUCCCCAUCGAUGAGGGCGGCGGCGUCAAGAGCUGGUUCGCCAAUAACGGCUGGGACGUGCAGUUCCCGAAGCGCCUCACGAACCUCGCCAUCCACGACCUGAGCGGCUGGGCGAUCCCCGAGGGCCUGCUGCAAAGCAUUCAGCGCGCCAACCUCAGCUUCGACCUCAUCCACGGCCUCGACAACGCCGAGAGCGUGCUGGGCCACGUGGCCGCCAACGCGAACCCCGAGGUGCUGGAGCUGUAUAGGUCCGCGCUGCAGGAGACCAAGGCGUGCGGCAUCGUGAGGGCAAAGGGCGCGGGCGACGCGCUGCUGGGGACGAUUAUUAUCUGUCGGCCGGGGAGUCCGCUGGCGACGUAUAUCCCGCCCUUGCUUUCUGCCGUCGACGAGGGGAUCGGGGGCGUUUUGGCGCCGGUGAUUCAUCCCGGGCCGCAGGAUACGCUGGUCCUUCAGGGGCUUACUUUGAUGGGCGUCCGGCAGAAUAAGGCGCACAAGUCGGCCAAGACGGUGCUUAGCUGGGUAAGCUUUUAUCACACUCCUCACCAUCUAAUCUUAUCUUGUGCGUGUUGGGACUUCACUGACGAUCUCAUGUGCGCAGGUGCAAGACGACGCUUACGAACAUGUCAUGGCGAUGGGGUUUGAGAUUUUGCAGUCUUAUGAGGAACUUACGACCGCCCCAGAAAACUGGACUGAUUUGAAUUGAAGAUU